AUGGCGGCCAGCAGAGUGGCCAGGCAGGGCAGGCGGUGCUGCGCUCAGCCCGCGCACCUCUCAGCCGGGCUUUUCUUUUUGCUGCCCGCCUCAGCUCGGGAGCUUGUGCCGUGCGCGCCGCGUGCCACCUCGCCUGGCUCGACGCUCCGCCUGCCUCCUCCUUCUCCAACCCCUCAAUUUAACCCGCAAGGCUUCUCGCUUUCCUCCCUGCCGCCACAACCAACAUCACCACUCGCCCCUCGACUCUUCAUUUCUUCCCCACCUAACCGUCUCUGCGCCCAGGCCCAGUCGGCCUUGACCACCGAAGUCGCCAGCGUCGUCUCGGUACCGCCGCACUCCUCUAUCCCACCCCUCUCCCGCGAUCCUCCCGCAACGUGGUCCCUCCAUAUGUUUGGCCACUCGCACCGCGGCGGCGGUGGUGGUGGCGGCCAUCGUCGUCGCCGCGACGAAGACUAUCCGGUCCAUGAGACGGACGUGCCAGCCACCCAGAUCGGAGAGCAGACGGGUCCGCUGCAUGACGUCGACGCCCUUCUUGCCGCGGACCAGCAGCGUCAGCUCGCGAGCUUCAGCUUUGGCGGCGUCGCCGAUCAGCUCCCGCCCUCGCCCGAGCUCAUCGUCCAAGGCUACGGACGCGUCGCUCUGCCCCUAGUUGACCCCGCCGAGGCUGCCCGCUUGGCCGCCACCUGUCAGCAGGCCCCCUUUGGCCGUGGCACGGAAACCCUCGUCGACACCGCCGUCCGAAGGACCUGGCAGCUCGACCCUGCGGCGUUCGCUGUACAUGGCGCAGAGUGGAACGACGGCAUCGCCGCCUUUGGGCCCCUGAUCGCCGAGAAGAUGGGCUUCGCCGGCACGCCCCUGUCCUUGGAGCCCUACAAGCUGCUCCUCUACGAGCCUGGCGGCCACUUUGCUUGUCACCGAGACACGGAAAAGGAGGACGGCAUGUUUGCCACCCUCGUCAUCCAGCUGCCCUCGGUCCACAGCGGCGGCCAGCUGAUCGUCUACCGCAACGGUGUCCCGAUCUUCCACGACUUUGGCGCUGCCAGGGGCACCGCGGCCUCUCAGUGCCACUACGCGGUCCACUACGCCGAUGCCGAGCACGAGGUGACGCCCGUGACGCAGGGCUACCGCCUGGCGCUGGUCUACUCGGUUUGCUGGCCUGCGAGCCAGGGUGAGCCGACGGUGCCGCCUACGUCGGCCGAUGCGGACGGGACUGCCGCGCUGGCAGCCGCGCUGGGCAAGCUCGCCGACGAGGAGAGGCGCUUCUACCACCUCCUCGACCACGACUACACGGCCAAGAGCAUCAAGCAGCUGGGCGAGCGCGCCCUCAAGGGUGUCGACCGCGAACGCGUGGCCAGCCUGUGUGCAGCCAGCCGCUUGCUGUCCCAGGAUCGCCGCUACGCGUUUUACAUCGCCGAGGCGACGAGGAAGACCCUGCACGCCUUCGACGGUCCCGAGAGCGGCUGGUCAGAGUACUGGGAGCCCGUGAUCCGUUUCGAACGCUACCAGCGACUCGACGGCACUCGGAUUCCGGGCGACGCCAGCCUGGGCCACCUCUUCACCAACCGCGACGUGCUCAACCCGGACAGCAAGUCGAUGCUGCAGCUGUGGGCCGGCCACCGCAGGCAAGAGAGCGGCUGGCUGGGCAACGACGGCCCGUCGCAGGACACUAUCUACUCCAAGUACGUCCUGAUCGCCUGGCCAGAGCGGCUGGCAGGCGUCUUUGAGGUGCUCGCGCAGCACGACACGCGCGCCCUCAAGGCGCUGGUGGCCACGCAGCCGACGGACGCACAGCUCAUCGAGCUGCUCGACGCCAUCAAGGCGUCGAUCGCCCUGAGCGAGGUACCCCGAGAGGCCGGUGCUGGACGACGACGAGGAGGACGAGGAGAAGAUCGAGGCCCUGCACAUGCGGCUGCGGCACGAGACCCUCAAUGCGCUCGUCGCGCGGCCGUUCAACGCGGCUCUCUUUGA